AUGCCUACUCAGCUGGAGGAAUUAGUUAGUUUUCUACAUUCGCCACAACCUGCUGUAAGACAAAUUGCCUUAGAUAAUCUAGUUGGGUUUAGUUCAGGUCCAUCAGCCUCUAUUUUUAAGUAUGAUAACUGCAGAGCUAUUCAGGAUUUGAAAGAGUUAGCUAAAGAAAAAUCAAAGAUUUUAGUUCAACAAUCAGUCACCAUUUUAGUCAAUUUGUCAAGUGACCCAGAAUUAAGAAGGUUGAUUGCUAAAGAACCAGAUUUCAUUAGAUAUAUUGCUUCCAAAAUCUGUGAUUUGUCUAACACAUGUGCAGAUAUUAUGUGUAUUCUUUUAAGUAAUUUAGCUAAGGAAGAUGCUAUUACACAGAUCUUCGACAUGGAAAGAAUAAUAUUUGAUCAUGAAAAGGAGUUAAAAAAUGAAAAACCCAUUUUUGGUAGUAAUAAAAUCAUGGAUUGUUUAAUGGACUGUUUUGUUAAAGGUUACGAUAGAAAAUUAAAUAAAUAUGCAAACUUUGAUUAUCUAGCAUAUUUCUUUGCUGAUAUUGCUAGAUUUAAAAAAGGUAGAGAAUAUUUCAUUCACCGUCAAGAAUAUGAUGGUGUUGUACCACUUUCAAAGUUAUUAGUAUUUACUGAAAAAUAUGAUUCGAAAACAAGAAGAGAAGGUGUAGCUUCCACUAUCAAAAAUUCAUUGUUUGAUUCAGAAACUCAUGAGAGAUUGUUAACAGAUGAAGAUAUCAAUUUAUUACCGUACAUUCUGUUACCUAUAGCUGAUGCCAAGGAUUCUGAAAUCGAUGAGGAAGACAUGUUUAAUUUACCCGAUGAAUUGCAAUUAUUACCUGAAGACAAGAAAAGAGAUCCUAUCCCAGCAAUUAUAUGUGUCCAUUUAGAAAGUAUUUUGCUUUUAUGUACUACAAAGGCUGCAAGAGAGUAUAUGAGAAGUAAAUCUGUAUAUCCAUUAAUCAGAGAAUUACACAAGAAUGUGGAAGAUGAAGAUAUCGGUGAAUUAUGUUACAGAAUUGUUAAUAUGCUAAUGAGAGGUGACCCAGAUGUUACAACUUUCGAAGAGAUGCCUUCAAAGAGUGCAGAAACUGAACCAAAUAUUGAUGAGGAUGAGGAUGAGGAUGAUGACGCUAUGAUAGAAAUUGUCUGA